AUGGGCACGAUCUCGAUAAGAAAGUUCAUCCGCUGGCUCCCAGACGAGGCCUCUGAGCCAACAUCCACCAUAGUCAUCACAUCACCACGCCUCAAGCGCUUCGUCGAUCUACGCAUUCUCCUCCCCGAUAACGACCCUUCAUGGGCCGGCCAAGAUGAACCCCUUCCCCUAUCCCGCCUUGACUGGGCCAUAGUCGGCACAACGGUAUCUACCAAGAUUCCCGACCCAGAAGGAAACUUGACUUCCCACUCUACGUUCCACCAAUGGAUAUCAUCCCGCACUCUCGACUCCGAUGCCGGCUUCAUGUAUCCUCAACCAAACGAGCUGACCCUUGAAAAGGGCAGUAUGGUCAACCCCGAUACUGGAAUCGACACAGCGUAUGAAGAGCUAUGGCAUGAUGCUACGCCGACAGCAGUACCCGGUGAACCAGCCGUCAGAGCGCUUGUACUUCAAACGGAGGAUGAGAAGAACGGAGUGAGGGGCUCAGUAGUGAGACUGGGAUGUUAUGCACAGGGGCUGAUCAGAGUCGGAGAGCAUAUCUCACUCGAAAGGUGGGAGUGGAAGGAUGGGUGGAAGAGGACUAUUAGAAUGGGAGAUGCGGAGUUGCCGAUUGAGAAGAUUCUGGGCGAAGAGGCAUUGAAAGAGGAUGAUACAGUUGAUGUCAAUGGGCGAGAAUGGAAAGUUAUUGAAGAGAGUGGGAAAGAUGGGUCAAAGUUGUGA